AUCCCAUGGCCAUCAACCUUCGAAAGAAACUCCCUCAAGAGACAACCCUAUACAUCAGCGAUAUCAGCGAGGCAGUGAUCGAGAAGUUCUACCAGGAAACAGCAGGCCAAGGUCCAGUUGCAGUCGCCGCCACUGGUCUCCACGCUGUCCAGGUCGCUGAUAUAGUCAUCACCAUGCUUCCGGACUCACCUGCAGUGAAAUCAGUCUAUCUCGACUCCGGCACUGGGAUCCUGGCCGGAGUCUCCGCCAUAGCAUGCAAAGGACCUGUCAAAAAACUCCUAAUCGAGUGCGGCACGAUCGAACGAGCGACGAUUGACAAAGUGAGCGCUGCGGUCGAGACGUGCGCCCAAAGCUUGCCGGCUGGCUCGAAUAUUGAUUUCAGCGACGCGCCAGUUUCUGGUGGACCGAUGGGUGCUCAAGCAGGCACGCUCGCCUUCAUGGUUGGGACCAACAACCCCGAAGCCCGAUUUCCCCAGAUCAAAAACAUCCUCAAGCCCAUGGGGAAAGAGUCAUCAAUCUUCCUUUGCGGCCCAGUAGGCGCGGGCGUGUCUUUCAAAGUCAUCAACAAUUACAUCUCGGCCAUCACAUCUCUUGCCUCGAGCGAGGCUUUGAAUAUGGGCGUCAAACUUGGGUACGAUCCGAAGACGCUUACGCAAGUUAUCAAUGCGAGUGGAGGCCAGAACUGGGUCGUUUCGCAUUCGAAUCCUGUGCCGGGAGUGCAGGAGAACGUGCCUUCGUCUAGAGAUUACGAAGGCGGGUUCCGUAUUGAGCUGUGCAAGAAGGUUUUGGAGAUGGGGAUCGAGUUGGCAGAGCAGGCUGGAGCUAGGACGGUCCUUGACAAGCCUACCCUUGCAGCUUUCGAGGAAGCGGCAGCGGACGAUCGAUAUAAGGGGAAGGAUGCCAGAGUCGUUUAUAAAUGGUUGAGCGAGAGCCGUUCGACUUGAAGGCGUUGCUGGGCUGGGAGAACAGCCAAGGCCUCGCAGAAGGGACUGAUUUCAUUAUUGUAAUCCGCAUGGUUGUGGGUUUGUGGAGAGUGUGGCCUUUACUGGUGG